AUGGCAGCACCAACCGCCAAACAGGCGCCUACCAAUGGCGAACUGGCGUCUCCUUCCGCGGCGCGCAAAUACAAAGCCUCCGACCUUCCACUGCCUUCGGCAACACGAGGAGCGAUCGAAUCUCUUGCGCAUAGCUUCAAGAAAGAAGGCGCUUACGAUUCCAUUCGGAAGCAAGUAUGGGACAAGUUUGAAGCUAGUGACUACGAGGCCCAAGUUACGAAAGCUAUCCUCGAAGUGGCUGAACAGGAAAUCGAGCGCAAUCCACAGCAACUUCUGACUCUCGACCGACGAAAGGCUGCAGCCCUUAUUGAUGGCGCCCUGGAACGGUCUGGAGUCUACCAGAAGGCCGAGUCUGUCAUCAGUCAAUUGAUUGACGUGGGCGCUAUUGAAGAGCGCAUUCGUGAAACCCGCCGCGCCGAAGUUGGUGAAGAAGCAGCACAGGCGGAACAAGUUCGCGGAUCGAAAACCGACGAGGAAUACGCAGCCGAUACCGAGGCUCGACGAGCUGAACGUGAACGCCUACGAGAAGAAUUACGGCAGAAGGAGCUGGCGAUCGAAGAGGAGAAGCGACGGAUCGCACGAGAGGAACGAAAGAAGGAGGAACGUGAGCGUGAAAAGGCCGAGCUCAAACGUCAGGAAGAGAGAGACGAGCGUCGUAGGAAGCGAGAGCAGGAGCGUGAAGAACGUGAACGGCAGCGAGACAUUGAACGAGAGAAACGACACAAAGAACGCGAGCAGCGCGACCGGGAGCGAGAUCGGGAUCGGGAGAGAGAACCAAGAGAUCGUGACCGAGAUCGUGACCGAGAUCGUGACCGAGACCGCGACCGAGAUCGUUCAAGGGAUCGAGACAGAGACCGUGAUCGUCGAGACCGCGAUCGACACAGAGACGACCGCCGCAAGGAGAAGGAAGCUGUCUCGGCAGAGCUCAAGGAGAAGCUAUCAAAGGAGGAGCACGAGCGCCUGGAGCAAGAGGCUUUGGCUGAUCUUCUCCGGGAAAGCUCUAAAACGACCCAAAAACAACCAGAACUGGAGGUCGAUUCGUCCUUGGCACCACCACCGAGAAAGUCUGGACCGGUUUCUGCUAUCAACCCUAUCCGGCGUGAACAUUCUCGAGUUACGGAGGGCCGCAAGCUUAGUGACGCUGGGCUCAAAGCAGAUCGUGGUGGCUCAGGUACACCUGCGGAUGCAAGGCGUCCAGACCCAAGGGACGAAAAAAAGCCAAGCCGCAGUACCUCCCGAGCUGUAGACCGCGAUCGGGAGCGAGACAGAGAGAGAGAGAGAGAAAGGGAUAGAGACAGGGAUAGGGAUCGUGACAGGGACCGAGAACGGGAUCGCGACCGCCUCCGAGACCGAGAUAACCGUCGAAACGAUCGGCGCUCCAACUCCCCACGUCGAGACCGUAGUGGGUCUCGAAUCAGGGAUAGACGUGACCGAAGUCGAUCACGGCUUCGACGGGAUAGGACCCGCUCACGGACUGGGAGGGACGAUCGCGUUGCUAGAAGCCGUUCACGACCCAAAUACGACCACUACGAAAGAAGCAGAUCUCGAAGACGAGAGAGAAGUCGAUCCCGAGCCCGUGUGGAUUCUCGAGCGCGAAUCGAUCGAAGGGAGAGAAGCCGAUCCAGAGCCCGAACGGAGAGGAGAGAUCGAAGUAGGGACAGACGAGACCGGUCACGCUCGAGAAUGCGUCCUGAGAGGAGGGAUAGAAGCCGCUCACGCCCUAGACGGGAACGUAGCCGCUCUCGUGAUGUGCGCCUUGGUGGAGCAGACCACUAUGAUCCGCGAGAAAGGGAGCGCGAGCGAGGUCGGGAUCGGGAUCGUGAGAGAGACCGCGACUGUGACCAGCGUUCGCCUCCAAGACGCCGAAGCAGGGAAAGGGCUCGUGAGGCAGACCGGGACCAAGCCAAACCCCGCGAAAAGGAACGCGAAAAGGAACGCGAGAAGGAGCCCGAGAAGCCAAAAGAAAAGCGUGUUGAAAGGCCUACUGAAAAGCCUACUGAAAAGCCUGCCGAAAAGCCCGAAAAGCAGCCUGAAAGGCAACCUGAAAAGGCACCAGAAAAACGGCAAGAUCGUAGAAGCCGUUCUCGGUCCAGAGUCACGACCUCUGCCCCUCGACCUGGCUCAAGCAAGGCUCAGGACGGCCUUGAGGAGUGGAAGAUGGAAGAGGUCAGGAAGCGAGAAAAGGAGGCCAAGGCCUAUCUGGCGGCUCAGAAGGACGCCAGAGACAAGGGCUUGCCGAUCCCUGGACUUGACGACAAGAAGAGCAGUGGCGAGAGGUCUCCUGACUUGCGUCGCCGCUGGAACAUGGACGACAUUGACCGAUACACACCUGGAGGCCGUGAAGAGCGGCGAAGGAGUCGAAGUCGAAGUCGCAGUCGACAGCGGGAUAGAGACAAGGACAGAGAUCGAGACAGGGACAGGGAGACGGCCAGAGAACGGGAACGCGAGAGAGAUCGAGACAAGGACAACAGGGACAGGGACAGGGACAGAGACAGAGGAGAUACGUAUCGCCAGCGAGACAUGGACCGAGAUCGCGAUAGGGACAGGGACCGACGAGAUAGGGAUCGAGAGAGGGACCGUGACCGUGAUCGUUCACGGGAUCGCGAUAGAGACCGCGAUAGAGACCGCGAUAGAGAUCGGGAGCGGCGUGAUCGGGAUAGGGAUCGUGACCGAGACCGAGAUCGCGAACGAGAUCGGUCGAGGGACAGGCGCAACAGGCGGGACAGGAGUCUGUCACCUCGGCGAGAUCGAAGGGAUCGUAGCAGGAGCCGUCGUUGA